UUCGUUGCUGCAACAUAAAUGUCAUGUCAACACAGAUAAAUGGAGCCUAGACCCUGGAGACAGUUGCGUACGUGUGCAGGGUCUUUAGGAUAGGCUAUAAGAUGUGGGGAGAGUGUUAUAUUAUCUGAAGUAUAUUUGUCAUGCAGCAUACAGGCACAAGAGUGGCAGAGAAAAAUUUAAGUAAAGGAGGGCUAUCGGGUGUCCUUCUCUUGUCUCUGUCUUGUACACUGGAACACCUGAGACCUACUCUGGUCUCUGUCCUCUGCCUUAUUUAAACCCUCAGACUGCCUGUCUACUGGUGGUUCUCAAUCACACCGGUGUCAGGAGAUGCUUCUUCAGUGAACAUUAACUAUCUAUAUCCAAACCACCUACAGUCAAAUACUUUAUUUUUAUCUGCUAAAAACAUGUCUGAAAGUAAAAAUUACAACACAUGCAAGAGGGAGAGUAAUCCUCAGAGGAGCAGUUCUUUGCCUGCACCUGCACCUGGUUCAGUUCAUCAUUUACUCUGUUAGAAAUAAAUCAGGAGGCAGGUGGUCGUGCACAUAUGAGAAAUGAGUUUUGUAGACAUUUCUAACCUAGUGUUUAUUUAAAAAUAAGGACGAGUCAAAAGUUGGGACAAAAACUUGAUUUGUAGUUAAAAACUUGGCUGGAAUGUAAAUUGAAAAAGUAAUUAGCAAUGUAUUAGUUAUGAGUGCUCUCUAGAGAGUGCAUCAUUUUUCACAAGCUAGCUUAAAUUCUAAUUCUGAGCCACACGAUUUACUCCACUAAUAAGUCAAUUUCAAUGAAACCUCUUGACUAUGGCUGUGUGAUCUGAACACGCACUUCAUCAUUUUCACCACUUAGUGUAUCUUUCAUGGUUGAAAUUGCAUCUCUGCUACUACACAUACAUAAGCAUACAUAUUGCUGAGAGUGGGCAUACUUUACAUACCCACCAUCCUAAAUUCUCUCUGUCAUAUUGUUCAUUCAUAUUGCAUAACAAGUGAGGCCAUGUGGGAAUGCAAGUUCAUGCAUAAUUCCAGAGGCAACAUCUGUUUCCCAACUCCAUACUAAGACUAUACAUUAUGUACUAAUCCUCGCAGUAAGUUGUUCUUGUAAUGUAUGUUCCAGAUCAGCAAUUACUUUGGCAUAUACAAUAUUAUCAUAACAAGUAGAUAUUAUCGGCAAAACUGUGAAAAUAAGACCAAAGUCUUAAUGAACCAGAAUUUUCCAAAUUCAGUCAAAUUUCUUCACUUUCCCAGUUUGAAUGAGCACAUUCUCAGUUAGUAUAACUACUAUGAAACAGGGAAACUGUUAACAUUUAUCUCUGUUCAGUUGUUCAUUAUCUGACCAUAGAAAAUGUAAUUAGCAACAGACAGAAUAUAUGUGAUGUUGUCAAUGAGUGUGGAAAAAUUGCCUUAUCUAACUUUGACACUACAAACACAGUAAUCAGUAAUGUUCCUUCAAUAAUUAAAUUAAUAAUUAUUAAAUUUUGAUUCAAACACUGUGAUUGACAAUAUGCCUUCAAGACAGCAGUGAUUAACAUUAAAUACCCUGCAGCUAAUGUGAUAAAUAUUGUAUAUUGUGCAUCUUUUUUUUCAGUUUGUUUUGCAGUGUGGAAAAACCGCCACAUGCGUACUGUGACCAACUACUUCAUAGUGAAUCUCUCCUUUGCUGAUGUCUUGGUCACCAUCAUCUGCCUGCCUGCGAGUCUUGUGGUAGACAUCACAGAGACGUGGUUCUUUGGAAAAACUCUUUGCAAAGUUGUGCCUUAUCUGCAGACCAUUUCCGUUUCCGUAUCAGUCCUAACACUGAGUUGCAUUGCCCAAGACCGAUGGUACGCUAUCUGCCACCCACUGAUGUUCAAGAGCACAGCCAAGAGGGCUCGCAAGAGUAUUGUUGUCAUCUGGGUUGUGUCGUGCAUCAUCAUGAUCCCUCAGGCUAUUGUGAUGGAGUGCAGCAGCCUGCUGCCUGAACUCACAAACAAGACAAGCCUGUUUACAGUGUGUGAUGAACAUUGGGGAGCUGAGAUCUACCCCAAGGUGUAUCACAUCUGUUUCUUCAUUGUCACAUACUUUGCACCAUUGUGUCUCAUGGUCCUGGCAUACAUUCAGAUAUGCCACAAGCUGUGGUGUCAACAGAUUCCUGGAAGCACAUCAGUUUUGCAGAAGAAGUGGAGAUCCAUUAAGUGCUCAGGUCGGACUCCGGGGCUGGGAGAGUCUGUUAGGGUCAGGACCAGCACUGUUUGUGCUGAGAUCAAACAGGUCCGAGCCCGGCGCAAGACAGCUCGCAUGCUGAUGGUGGUGCUCUUUGUUUUUGCUCUGUGCUACCUGCCCAUCAGCGUGCUCAAUGUCAUGAAAAGAGUCUUUGGGGCUUUCAAGAGGACAAAUGACAGAGAGACAGUGUAUGCAUGGUUUACUUUCUCACACUGGCUCAUAUAUGCCAACAGUGCAGCAAAUCCCAUCAUCUACAAUUUCCUCAGUGGGAAGUUCCGCGAGGAGUUCAAAGCAGCCUUUUCUUGCCAUUGUUAUUGUCAAGGCCAAAAUCGGACAAAGAGAAUAAGGACCAGAACAAACACAGAGAGCCGAAACCCCCUGUCAACUCAAUUUAACAACAUAGACAAUGUGUCACGUAUAUCAGAUCAGAUAGUGUAGUCUAAUAAUCCAGGUGAGGAGUUAUGAUGACUAAUCCAUGCAACAAAGGACACAGUCAUCAUUAAUGUGGAAAUCCAAAUGUGAAAACCUGAUUAUAAAAACAAGCAUCUGAAUAGAAAAGAAUGAUUGUUGGUAUGUUUAGUAAGUUUCACAGGACCCUUUAUUGAGAUCUUUAGAAAACUAAACAGUUUUCUGAGGACCCUUUGACUUCUUUGACAUGAUCACAGACACAGUAGGACUCUCGGAUGUAUAGUAUGUAAUAAGUCAUACAAA